CAAGCUCAAUCUAGUAAUAUAAACAACAAAUCAACUGAUAAGCUACAAGAUACUUACAUAGCAAAUAUCUCAAGAACAAGUGCAAGAAGAUGUCUACAGUCGAUGAUCUCAAGGUUAGAUACGUGGUGCAGGCCAAGCUGCUCGGCCAGGACAAGGAAGCUCGCAAGAAUAAAAAGGAGAAGGAAUAUGCAAUUGAGGUGACAUUGUCAGACGAGAGCCAGUACACGAUGUUCAGGACACUCAAGGACAUGGCUGUCUUACAAUCAAAGAUCAUUGCUCGAUUUCCUGUCGAGGCCGGCUAUUUCAAGAAGAGUGAGAGGGUGAUUCCAGACUGUCCCCUCAAGCAAACUAUAUUUGGUAUACAGAGAGCCAUUAGCGAUGAUCGAUCGUUCGAGAAGCUACUCAGUUCGUAUAUCAAAGAGAUUCCCGGACUGCCUGCCUCCAUUGUCAAGUGUGAUCUUGUCAGCGAGUUCUUCUCCUUGAAAGCAUCAGACAUCUCUGUACCAGGAUCACCUAAAUCAAAGCACAAGAGUAAAGGCAAAAAAAGCAACCGUGUUAUUGCAAAUGAGGACUCAACCAUCAGUGGUCCCGUGUCUCUCCGCUCCUAUCUCUCUGUGGCCAACUACUCGGACAAGAAGACAAAGUUCAGCUUCCCCGAGGGAGCAAUAGUUCAGGUCAUGAAGAAAGAUCCCGGCGGUUGGUGGAUGGUGGACAAUGGCGGGUCCAUUGGGUGGGCUCCUGCCUCUUUCCUUGUGCCAGUUGACCCGGAGGACCUUCAGAGCGAGGCACAGGAGAACGAGAGACUUAUAGCCCCAGAAAGACAGGGGGCACGGUACAUUAGUAUCUCCAAAUACCAAUCCUCUCGAGAAGAUGAGCUCAGUUUUGUUCGAGGGGCUGUCGUGAAGGUGAUUAAGAAACACGUGGACGGGUGGUGGUUAGUCAGGUAUAAUGGUGGUGAGGGAUAUGUGCCUGGGGCUAUGUUCAAGAGGUUUGACAAGAGGCAGGCCACUGUCUACGUCAAGAAGAUUCGCAGGAAUUUCGUCAGCAGAAAGAGUACGAGAAUUGUUCCUACAAUUAAGCCGAAGUGGUUGGGGUCUGGUGAUCGUACCACUCGUAGAUAUGGACAAGCAAAGGACCCGGAGAAGCAAUCUCUCACACUUUACCAAGCCAUGGCUGCGUUUGAGGGAUCUGCUGAGAGAUUUGAGCUGACACUCAGCAAGAAUGACUCAGUCAAGGUCGUGGACAAGAAAGAUCACGGCUGGUGGUAUGGUGAGGACCAACACGGUCGCUCUGGCUGGGUUCCUGCUACAUUCCUACGACCCAUACUGGACGAUAGGGCAGGGUCUAAUUGCGGGAUUGACAAGGUUGUUGGGACCCAGAUGGCGGUGGUUCGAGGACACAGGGCAGGGCAAAAAGACGAGCUCAGUGUGAGGAGAGGGGAGACAGUCGAGCUGCUCAGUGUCAGCUGUGAUGGGUGGUGGAUGGUCAGGAACAACGAUACUAGAGGUCAAGGUUUAAUCCCCUCCCUGUGCCUCACUCAAGAGGAGGGGCUUGAUGAUCUCACAGAGGAAGGGGAAUCCCCUGAACCCCUGGAGUCACGCUCUGAACCACUACUGGGUAUGAGUGAGAGUGACGACGCCUUUGCAGUUGCUGACUCCUCAUCUCAGAGCACUAUUGGACUCGAGAAAUGGAAGGACGAGUCUGGCUCACUAGAGGAUCUAGAUGAGGCUGGUGAGGAGAUGGACCUGGAGGGAUGUUAUAUGGCAACUGAGGACUACCUUAAACAAGACGUGGACGAGCUUGAUCUGUACGAGGGACAAAUUGUGUGUGUCAUCGACGAUUCUGAUGACGAUGUGUGGUAUGUGAACUGUGAUGGCAAGGAAGGAUGGGUCCCUGCAGACAUUCUUAAAGAGUACGCAGACGAUGAUCUGCCUGUGUCAGGAGACACUACUCCUGGCUCUCAGCUCAGCUCCAACCCUGUGUCCAGUGAUGAGUCAGAGGAAGACUCUAGACGUAUCUCAGUCUCCCCUAGUCUCAGUCGUCAUAGGGCCAUGAGACGUAACCCCUCCCACCAGGACUCACCACCACCAAGUCACCUAAAGGCAGCCACCAAGGGCUUGAACCGGAAUGUCAGUACUGACACCAGUAAUUCCAGCGGCAAUAGCAGCAACCAUUCAAAUGUCGUGAUAAUGGUGGACAACAAGAGCUUGGCAGAGCUGGAGAGAGAGUCGGCUGAGGCAGAGCGCAAUGUGGAGGAGGCACGACAGUUAGCGUUGCAGCUCAAGAGAAAAGUGGCGUACGCUCGUAGUGCCACUGGGUCCCCCUAGACUGUGCAAAACUAUUCAUUUGUGUUAUUCCAUUCAGUAUACCGUGUGUUGUGUGCUUUUUUUUAGUGUUUUAAUUUUCUGUGCCGUGGCAGUUUUAUGUUAUUAUAAUUAUGUCAUCAGUAAUGUGACAUGUCAGCUUUUAUACCAUAUGCAAUGCAAUCGUUUAAUUAUUAAUCAAA